GAUACAGUAAAGUGCCAUCAAUGCCACGGGUUAACUGACAUGGACAUGUGUGAUUCAAUGCCACUACAAGACUGCCAUCACAAUCAGGUAUGUGCAACUUCAUUACAACAAGACCCGUACACAGGCUUGACCAUGGUAACUAAAGGUUGUGCUGAUCAAGCAUGGUGUCACGUGACCCAUGGGUGUAACAUACAUUUUAUGUCGUGUGUAUCGUGUUGCCAUGGCGAUCUAUGUAAUACUGCUAACAACAUGACGGCCAACGUGACAGAAGCCCCGAGGUCAAAUAGUCCAACAACGCAGCAGCCGACACAACCUUGGAGGACUUCCGGUUCGACUCGUUCAACUACUACCAAUAGCUACGAGACGUGCCAGUUAGACUACAUUUCUACUCCGCUGACAUCCCACGUGCUAAGAUUAAUGACCUUCAACUUUUUACCAAUCAAUGAUAGACGUUAUAUGUGCGAGGGUUUUGAGGAUGUAUUUGCAAUGGUAUCUAGCCAUUUGAAUCCUAAUUGUCCGGAAGUUGUCACUGAGCAUGUGCGGAAGUUGUUAGAGUGGUUAUCGCCACUGACUACAGAAGUUUGCAAUGUAGAAAAGAAUGAUGAGAAGUGUUCAGAGGCUAUAGUCUGUAUCAGUGACAUGGAGCAUUUUACAGACAAAAAUACAACUUGCAGGUCUAUAUCUAAAGCAAUGAGCUGUUUGCAGACACACUAUCAAUAUUGCAAUGCUCAAGGCCAGAUGUCUAUAAAUAGAACAAGACAUAUACUUUCUGAUAUGCACUUUGUCGUCUGUGAACCAAAUAUACUAAUACAAGGACAAGCGGAAGUAGAAUGCGUUUCUUUGGCAACAAAGGAUUUGAGAUCUGGCAAUUGUGAUGUGAAUGCAACUAUGCAAUGUGCUGCUCAUACGCGGAAAGCAUUUCAUAACCCAUUUUUGUUACAAGAUGAUAUGUGCAGGAUUGCUAAACAAGGCCUAAAUUGUAUCCAAAACAAUUCCAUGAACUGCUCCAUGGACGCUCUUGGUAGUAUGUCGUCUGCUGUAUUGAACUUAGUGCAAGGUGUCAGUAGCGCAUGUCCAAACGUCUGGUGCCCUGUUAAUUCAAACUGUACCCUAGAACCAGCCAAGAAAUGUAUGGCGAGCCUUGAAUCUGAAGUUCAAAAACAGUUCAUGGCAGGAAACUUUAACAAAAGCAUUUGCAAAUCAAUCACAAGAACUCACCAUUGUAUCAUGAAUGCGUCUCAAAACUGCAAUUUACCAGGGGCACAUGAUUUGCUUCAACAGUUCAACGCAAUAGUUAUACUAACCUCCACAUGGUGCACUGAAGAACCCAUUUAUCAUAACGAAUGCCUAAACGGUCUGCAUCAUGCCAUCGAUAAUCUUGUAAAAUUUGAUACUGACUUUGUCAAUUAUAUCUUGAGAACAAACCUUCAGAUGACUCUAGUACGCUUUGUCUUGUCUAAAGAUUUUGACGACAACACUAUUAAGAAUGGUUUGUCAAUUCUCGGUUUAAAGCCUUCCCUUCUGCCUCUUCUAAGGAAAGACAGCGAUAUCAUUAUUCCAAGUGUGAUUGGAUAUCUUUUCAAGAACAAUAACAUUGAAGGUGUAGACUUGCAAGCGCUCGCACACUUUAUAGGAGAAGUUGCAACAGUAAAUCGUGUAACAGGAGGGUUUGGAGAGGGACUUAAUUUACCUGGAGGUGGUUUUGGAAGUAACGAUAAUGGAACUAACUCGGGAUUUGGCGGUAUCAACCUGCCAGGAGAGGGGUAUGGAACUGACAGAAAUGAGACAGGUCCUGAAGCCGGUGGUAUCAAUCUACCAGGGGUCAGUUCUGGUACCGGCGGUGACUUUGGUUAUGGUUUGGCUUUAGCCGGUGGAUAUGGCAAUUCUGAUGACAUUGCGUUAAUUGAUAUUGACAAAAAUAUUCACAAAAUAGCAAGUCUUUUAUUCCGUUCAAAUACGUUUGGAACCGAUCUAACUCUACGGUUUUUAAAUAUCAUGAAUAAGACAGUUGAAGAUGUUGUGUCUUUAAUUGAUGAAAAGAGUUUGAUAAUGUACAACCAACGACAGCAUUAUCUUUGUGACACAAUUCAUGAGUUAUUGCAUUGCGCAUAUGGAAAUAUGUACAGCUCGUUAAUGAGUUCAUCAAAAAGACAAGAAUUUAUUGCAGAGACAACUUUAGGGUUGUUAGAAGGUCUUGCUAGUGGAAUGUGUCAAGAGGUCCAGUGUCACAGCUGUUAUGGUCUUCAUAACAAUGAGGAUUGCAAUAUGCAGCCGGUUAUGUUCUGUGAAUCAUUACAAGUGUGUCAAACAAAGGUUUCUGACGAUCACUACUAUAAGGGAUGUGCGUCGGCAUUGACAUGUGAAGAGGAAUGCAAAAGAACAAGAGGUCCUUGCUAUUGCUGUCGAGGACAGCGGUGUAACAAAUAUGAAGUACAACUUCACGGUGUGGCUAAAUGUGACACUCAAAAGGCAGUUGAUGCAGCAUACGAUCUUCUAAAUUUUUCAAUGAACGCAGGGACAAAUCAUAAUCAAAGUGAAACAUCAUUAGUGUAUGCAAAAGCAAAUCAAAUGAUUAUGGCAACAGACGGAUGCUACACCUUCUAUCAACGAAAUUUUGGAACCGAAGGCGAAAGGAUAAUAAAACUUCUAGAAGCUGAAAACUGCACGAACCAUCGAAUGUCAAAGGAUUGUAAUGACCAUGAGCUCAAAACUUUGCAUACCUUGAUACAUACACCAUAUUUUACUACAAAAUCCGUAGAUACAGUUUGUAGUUUAUUUAAUGUGGUAUCCAAGAAAGUUGUUGAUAACAUUUCUCGGGGAAAGUGUUGUGACAGUACUGUAACUGAUACAUUGAUAACAAUGUAUACAUUCAUAAAUCCACAAUGCGACAACAUUAGAAUCAACCAACUGUGUGAUGUUAAACUACACUCUUCAUGCCAGAAUCAUUCCCGUCAAACUUCUGAUGGAAAAAGACAAGGAAGUUCUGAAGGAAACAAACAAGGAAAUUUAACUGAUGCAACUGAAGAAAUACUUCAACAAGAACAGAAAGAUUUUAUAAAUAAUAUAUGCAGCCAAAUAAGUAAGGAUCAAAAACAAGGUUCAAACAACCUGACUGGUUCUGAUGUAACGGUGAAAAAUGAAGGUUGUAACGUUGUGGAAGCUAUUGGAAUAUGCUUUGGGUUAGGAAUGGAUUGCAGUGAUAUUGCUAUUGAAAGGCUUUCCGAAUGCAUGUCCAACCGCACAUCUUUUUGUUCUCCAACACAACUUGUAAUGGCGGCAACGACAAUGGACAGGGUUGCCUUCUCAUGUGGCAGAGACAUAAGCAUUUCACAAGAUCUUAUCAGGUUAAAGUAUAUCUCGUCUGCGCCAAACUACAACACGUAUCUUAGAAAUGUUAAAGGCAAAGUGGAUCACACGAAAACUUUUGCUUGCAACUACGAUAUGAGUGUGGAAGCACAAGGUGAUACUAAUGAGACGUGUGAUGUUACUAUGACGGCCGAGAUAGCAAUACAAUAUCUGAACUUUAUGCUCACCGGUCCUGUAGUACUCGGCAGUGAUGAUUGCUUUUUUGGAAUGGAAUUGGAAGAACUGAAGCAUAGCCUAGAGAAUUGUCCGGGUAAUGAUGCACGUCAACUGGAUGAUCUUUUGUCAUGGAUGGAACUUGAUGUCAAGGUUUCUUGUGACGCUAAUUUGGCUGCUAUAUCUUGUCAGCGAUCGACAUGUGACAUUUCCAUGGCAACAAAUCUUCUACAACAGAUUGGCUACUAUCUUAUGGCGAGAAACCUUGAUGAAAGAGUGGUUUGCAAGAAAGUAACAAAUGUUCUUGAUGGAGUACAUUGCGUAGUAGGGAAUUGUACAGAAGAAGAUGUUACUUUUAUAAACGAAGAAGUAUUGUAUAUACGUUCUCUUAUUGGUACGCGUUGCAAUACGUUGACAGAUCAUCUAUAUUGCAACAAUAAUGAGAUAAUUCAAGGAAAUGAGAGCAGUGGAAGAAAUUCUACAAACAUGCGUAAUCCCCAUAGAGGAACAUUGAACGAGACGCAGUCAUUUGAAAAUGGGACCCGUGAUGGUAGAGCAUGCAAUGUGAUGCAAGCCAAACUGUGCACGAGCAAUGUUCGGCUACCAUCAGCAGAAGAUGGUCUUUACUGCAGCAAAAUGCGUUUAGCUACUGAAACAUUGUCAGUAUGUGUAGUGGAAAAUCUUGCUGGUUGCAAAAUGGACGAUAUUACGCCAGCAUUAGUGUUUUACCAAGACCUUUUCUCACAUCAGAAGCAAUAUUGCUAUACAAAGUUCUUAACAGUCGUGUUUGCAGAUCUUUUACCAACGGAGCAGUGCUAUAUACCAGAAUGUUCUCAUAUCACUGCAAUGGAUUGUCUGAAACAUUUCAAUGCAUCGGGAAAAGACAAGUGCGGAAAUGUAAAUGAUGUAGAGCAAUGUAUCAUCUAUGCCACCGAAGGAUGUAAUGCUAUUCAGCAGUCUGCAUUGAUGCUUUCAUUGCAAGCAUUAUCAGAUAAGGAAGACAUUCCUAAUGAGUGUAUUAAACAUAGGAGAGUAGUUGAUAGUGAAGCUGAACAUUUGGUUAAAUGUGUAACAAAUUUUACUGAACAGAUAGAAGAGGCAUUGUUUGGAAAUAUGACUGGAUCUCCUACUUGUCAUUUGAUGACAUCAUACUUGGGGUGUCUGGAGAAUAUGUUUGCAGUCGACGAGUUCCCGGUAGUAAUUAAAGAGACGGCAAAUCAUCUACUUAAAGUCGCUAGACCAUCUGUUGAUAUCGCUUGCAAAGAAACAGAUGACAAAACUUCUGAAGAGAAAAUGAUGCGUCAAGGGCAUAGCAAUGAAACAUGUGACACUAGAGAGGCAGUCUACUGUUUGAGGAAAUUCUCAACAAAUGCUUUAUUGUUGCCACUUUUGUCUCCUGACGGGAAAGAAAUGAUAUGUUCGCAUCUGUCAGAGGGGAGAAAUUGUUUGACAGAAGCGUUAUUAGGAUGUCCGCUCCAUGAUAUGACCAGCAAGUUUUUCACGCUCUACAACACAAUAGAAAUUAUGGCACAACUAUCUGGUGUCUGUUCUCCCCAUCCAAUGGUUUGCAGUCCUGAAAUAGCAAUGGAAUGUAUAUCAAAUUUAGGCUUAACUUUAGGCAGUAUGUCACCACAUUAUGAAGUUUGCGGGAAUCUGUUCGAUACAGAGAUAUGUAUGCAACAGACAACAAGUGGAUGUGAUGAUAUCACCAAGACUUCGAUUCGUCGUGCAUACGAGCCAAUAAGUUGCAAGGCCUAUUCCCUGUGUCCAAAUGCCAUAAUGAUCAGUGAUGAGUCAAAAGGAAAACACAAAACUUGUAUAGAUCCUGCAGAUGUGGUUGCACAUGGUGGAUCAUGCAAACCGUCAGUGGCCUUAAAAUGUCUUCAAGAUAUAUCCUUCGUUUCUGGUGAUAGAUAUUCAACAUGCAGGCAAUAUGAAUCAUCCCUCAAUUGCUUUUUCAACAAUAUCAACGGUUGCAAGGAUGACGCUAUCGUACAGAUCACGAUGUAUUACCUACUUUACAUUUCCGCUGAAAUGGAUACAAAAUGUGGCAUAACAAUCAAGCAUGGCUGUGAUACUGAAGACUCGAAUUGCGACCUAAAUAUUUUAGAUGACUGUAUUGCAAAGUUUUAUGAUACUGAAAAAUCAGAAAAUGAGAAAGCUAGAUGUUUGGGAAGGAAAGAAGUCAAACAAUGCUUUGAAGUAAGCACAAAGUCAUGUCCUAGAAUAACUAGAAUUUAUGCGAAGACAAAGUUAUUGAAACACUCGCAUACUAACGCUGAUUCCAAUGAAUACAACUGUGACAAUGUGAACCAGUGUGUUUAUAAUUACAUGCACUACUUCAAUCUUACCCUAUCAAAUUACUACGCCCGUUCUAAUGAUGAUGGUGUUGAUAGACAUGAUGGUCAAACGGAAAAGGAACGUUUGGUUGAAGCACGUUCUGACAAAGAGCUAGAUCAAAUGAAGUUAUACCAGUGUCAUUCAAGAUUGGAGGAAAUUUCUUGCAUUGAGUCACAUUUGAAAAUGUUACCAGAUGAUGUUGCGAUAGUUACUGGUGACUUACUUACUCAUAUAGACCAUAGAUUUGCUGACUUGUGUUCAAUUCAAAUGGGGUUACUGCCAGACCUACAAGGAUGUAACAAAACAUGCAUCGAGUGUCUUCAAAACCGAAACAAACAUCACAAUGAACUUACAAUGUUGCUGACAUUUAUAAGUGAUUCCAUGAAUGCAUCAUCUAACACUGUCAUGUUUUCUUCUUCAAAGUUUUGUAGGUUAUUUGACGAAAUGAGAGCAGCAAGCAUGGAGAGUAUGAACAUGAGUUGUAUAGAUGACCAUGUGGAGGCGGUAUGGCAGAGUAAACACGUGGGGGAUAUGAUCAGUCUGUAUGACACUUACUGUGAUACACCAUGUAACACAACACAAGCUGAUUAUUGCAUAAAUCAACUGGAAAUAGAUUUAUCGAACUUGAAUAAAGAAGAAUCGUGUUUAGCUUACAACGAAACGAUCAAAUGUUUGGGAGAAAGUGUGACGUCAUGUGAGGCUACUACUACUAAUCAGUAUAUGAGCCAAGCUGAAUUAAUGUUUAGAAACACUGGUAUCGUCUGCUACAAAUUGCCGGAAUUUGAAAUAUCGUACGUGUCUUCAGAUUUUGCUCUGGUAGAAGGAGAAAUGUUUCAGACACCAAGUAUAUCAGUGACGAUGAUGACGCCAGUUAUGAACAGUUGCUAUGGUAACAGUUGCAAAAUGGAAAUAUUUGUUAGUAUGCAGGAACACGUUAUCUCUGAGUGUUCAUCAGGGGAGGAAAUACCACAAAUUUUGAUGGAGGACUGUAUGGUCACUUAUGACGUAAACAAUACAGCUUCGACGCAUGAUUUUAUUUUUUAUCCGCGUGUUGAUCAUAAAGUAGAAAAGGCUCGCAAUGUAACGAUUAAUGUAAUUGGUCAACUUUGGCAAGAUGGCGUCCUAGCAACGAACAAAAUGUUAACAACUGUUACCUUGAUGAUGGAAGAUCGGGAAACUGCUGGUGCUUGUUAUUUGAUAAGCGAACCAACAAUCAAAACAUUUGAUAGUUUGUCAUAUUACUCUUUCUACCAAGGUGAAUUUGUUCUCUAUCAACAUGACGUUUUCCCAGAAAAGGUACAUGUCGGAUUCCAGCCAUGUCGACCAAGGUCAUCUUUAACAUGUCCGUGUGUGGCGAUGAUACGUCUGGUGACGACACAUUCAUCAUUGACGUGUGUCGGCGGUUCGGAGAGCGUUACCACGCCCUCGAGUUCAUCGUGUAUAUGAACAAUGAUAUGACUGCACAGACAAAGGUUUAUACACUUCCUAGCAGGAAUUUCUUCCAGUUUGUCUUACCAUCUGGGGCGAUCAUCAAUAUACGUUCUGUACUAUUCUUGUUAGAUAUUUGGGUGAAACCGUCAGCUUUAGAUUUCGGUCAUACCUCAG